AUGGCCGCAUUCAAACUCUCGUCAAAGCAGAAGCUUUGUGCCAUAAUCGGCAUUUCCUUUUGCUUUUUUAUUGCAGAACUAGUCGUGGCCUUUUCUACUAAAUCUCUGGCUCUUCUAGCAGAUGCCUUCCAUUACAUGAACGACCUCAUCGGCUUCGUUGUUGCCCUAGCCGCUAUCAUCAUCUCAGAACGCGCAGCCUCCCCUGACAACUUCUCAUUUGGUUGGGCACGUGCCCAGCUCCUUGGUGCCUUCUUCAAUGGUGUCUUCCUACUUGCCCUCGGUGUAUCCAUUUUCCUCCAAUCUAUUGAAAGGUUCAUAAGCGUCGAACAUGUUCAGAAUCCCGAGCUCGUACUUAUCAUGGGUUGUGUUGGGUUGGCACUAAACAUCAUCAGUGCGACGUUAUUGCAUGAACACCACGGCCAUGAUCACGGAGGGCAUGGUCAUAGUCACUCGCAUGCACAAGGUCAUGAACAUGCUGAGAACCACGAACACAACCACGACCACGACCAUAGCCACGUUAAUGUCGAGGCUGGUGGGCAGUCAAGAGAAAGUUCAGGCGACUAUUAUCAAGACGAGAUUCCCCUAACCCCUAUAAGUGCCCAUGCUGAGCAUCGACAUACUAUCGUGAACCUUCAAUCCUCAGGGCGAGACCUCGGUAUGAUGGGAGUCUUAUUCCAUGUUAUUGGUGACGCAUGUAAUAAUGUCGGAGUUAUCAUCGCGGCACUCGUCAUCUGGCUUACGACACCCGAGGGCCGAUUUUAUGCUGACCCAGGCAUAAGCAUGGCCAUUGCCAUCAUGAUUUUGGUGACGUCCAUCCCACUUGUGAAGAACAGUGGCAAGAUCCUCAUGCAGAGCGCCCCAAAGGGCGUAAAUAUUGACGACGUCAAGCACGAUCUAGAGAAGAUCCCAGGUAUCCAAUCCGUUCACGAACUACACAUCUGGCGCCUCGACCAGAAGAAAGCCAUUGCAACCGCCCAUGUUGUAGUAUCAAACAAUGAUAUGACUGACUUUAUGAGCCGCGCGCGGACUGUCGGCGAGUGUCUACACGCCUACGGUAUCCAUUCAGCAACCUUACAACCCGAGCUUGCAACCCCAACCUCGACAUUGUCCAUCAAUAAUAGCAAUAGUAGCCGUAAUACCAUAAGCAUUGCAGCGGAAGAUUCCGCGGUCGCAACCGCUGGAACUGGACCAUCCUCAGGGGCAUCGAUUAGAAGGCGACGCCCCGAGAUAUCGGCCCCAUGCCAGAUAGCAUGUGGGAACCUAUGCGAAAACCUGACUUGUUGCAAUACAGGUGCCAUGCGGAUCUAA